GGGAAACCUGACAAGCCGCAUGGCUGCGGGUUGUUCAGAGGCUCCGCCGCCAAAGGCGGCCUCUGAGGGGCCGGUUGUGGGACAGGCCGGCGUCUUGCCCUGCCUGGAGCUGCCGACUUACGCUGCCGCUUGUGCGCUCGUGAAUAGCCGCUACUCUUGCCUGGUGGCAGGCCCGCACCGAAGACACAUCGCCCUGUCGCCGCGCUACCUUAACCGGAAACGCACCGGUAUCCGGGAACAGCUAGAUGCGGAGCUCCUACGCUAUUCCGAGAGCCUUUUAGGUGUCCCCAUUGCAUAUGAUAACAUCAAAGUAGUGGGUGAACUGGGAGAUAUUUAUGAUGAUCAAGGACACAUUCAUCUUAACAUUGAAGCAGAUUUUAUUAUUUUCUGUCCUGAACCGGGGCAAAAGCUUAUGGGUACAGUUAAUAAAGUGUCUUCCAGCCACAUUGGCUGUUUAGUACAUGGGUGUUUCAAUGCCUCCAUCCCUAAACCUGAGCAGAUGCCUGCAGAGCAGUGGCAGAACCUGACGAUAAACGUGGGUGAUGAACUAGAAUUUGAAGUAUUUCGUUUGGACUCAGAUGCUGCUGGAGUAUUCUGCAUUCGGGGAAAAUUAAAUACCACCAGUUUACAAACCAAGUGCUCUGCAGUUUCUGAAGAAGUAACAGAAACUGGUACUGAAGAAAUUAUUGAAAAACCUCUCAAGAAGAAGAAAAAGAAAAAGAAGAAAGACCCAGAAUCAUAUGAAGUGGAAAGUGAUAACAGAGAGUUAGCAGAUUGUGCAGAUGCCACAAUGAAGAAAGAGACAGACCUGCAGAUUGAUAAUGUGAAUGGCCUCUGGAAGGCUGAGCCAAAAAAGAAGAAAAGGCACCAGGAAGAUCAGGACCAGGAUCCUGUUUUCCAAGGCAGUGACUCCAGUGGUUACCAGAGUGACCAUAAGAAGAAAAAAAAGAAAAGGAAACACAGUGAGGAAGCUGAAUUUACCCCACUUUUGGAACACUCACCUAAAAAGAAAAGGGAAAAGUAAUUUUCUUUAGUGCAUUUUAAAUAUUCAGCUUUUUAAAGAUUUAGAUACAAGAGAUGAAUAAAUGUGGGAAUGGUAUGAAAGGCUUGUGUAUUCCCGUAGUCUACAAAACAGGAAACAUUUGAUUAGGAGUUUUUGGUGCUUAAAUUAUUACAGUGAUAAUUACUGUAGGAAAUACCAGGAUUAUUAAACUGCCAUUUUAUUGUUACAGAAUAAAAAGGUAAGAGCUACUCUUUCAAGUCUUGCAUUUUCCCAGUUUUUACAUCUAAAUUAGAUAAAAUUAUUCCUAUACUCUGAAGACUGGCAAAAGGACUUUAUAAUACAGUGUAGUUCAUAUCAUUCAAGAAUGAGCUGGAGCUUGUUUUUUUUUUUUUUUUUUAAAUAA